AUGACUUACGAUGUUACUGUGAUAGGUGCUUAUAAGAGUUAUGGAAGUUCGAAUGUGCUCAACGGUUUGACGAUGAAAAUACCGACACGCUCCAUGUAACUAUUAUUAUUAUAAUUAUUAUUUCAAUUUUUUCAAUAAACAAAAUAAAGAAUAGACGGGUAUACUACGCACGUGGGUGGGUCACUGUUGUAGGUGAGGAGUUGGGAAGGUAGUAGAGGGAAAAUGUAAUGUGUCUGUACGAAACAAUUAAACAUUGCUAACAAAAAACAAUUCUGAGCAGAGUUCAGUUGAUAGUGUUGUUUUGUAAAUAAUGUAUAAUAUAUCAUAUUAUGGUAAAAAUAAAUAAUUACAUGUACAUUAAACAUUUUGGGAGCACGUAAAAAAACCGAAAAAAUUUCAGCCGAACCGUAGUGGUAUAUGAAAAAGUUCAGUUUUGUGAAACUAUUAAUAGCUUUUGCCAUUUAUAAGCUUUUAGGUGAAAACUGUUUUUUUCAUGUUUAUUAGUAUUCUAUACAAGGUGUAAACACAAUAUUUAACCUUCAAAUAUUUUUUGUUUCACAAUCAUAAGUUGAAAUUUGUUCAGCCUCUGUGCGUGUGGUAAUAGUUGCAAAAUAAGAAUUAAAUUUAUUAAACUCUUCCCUUAACCGUUUAGGUCUAGAAGAGGUAAAUCCUUAAAUCAAUUUCAAAAAUGUCAUGUAUUACAUAUUUAGAAUAACUAUUAUUAUUACUAUUUAUUUUGCAAAAAAAAAAAAAAAGAGAUUUUAUUUGUUACAAACGAUAUUAUCUUAAACUGGACUAAAGAAGAAUUUUUAAGGGGGCUUAGUCACCCUAGUUCUCCUAAAUUGCGCUUAUAUGGGUGGGAGUGUGUCGUCGUCCGCCGAGUGAGUGAGCGGAGGUCCUUGCGCGUCGUAUUUUUGCGAGAAAAUCAGUGACCAUUAGCAUUACUGACGAUCAUUUGGAUAAUGUUAGGGGAAUUUUUGAUGUUUAAAUUUUUUAAAUUUAUUUAUUUAUUUUUUUUGUAUAACUUGUACCUUAUUAUUACCUUAUAUUAUCCGAUUAAAAAUUAACGUUUAAAAACGGUGAAAACGGUCUUUAAAGGCCUACCUGCUUACUUUCCCAGACGAUAACAAUCACUUGUUUGUUAUUAGGUAUUAUUCUAACGUUAACAAUUCACAAUACACUUAAUGUGUUAUAGUUAUAAUAAAAAUAUAAAAUAGCCGUGAGAAAAAGAAACCAUUUGUUAUUUUACGUAAAAACUUGCCGUGAUGUUAAACCAUGAAGACGGUUUUGCGAUGCGUUACAUAAAAACCAAAUCUAAACGAGAUGCCAUAAAUUAAUUAAUUUGGUAAACACGGUCGACAUAAAUUACGUGGUGAACGUAACUAUUGGUGUUCCAUGUGGAAUGAUCCCACACGGAACCCAAUAGUUGGAAUAGAAAAAUAUGGAACGGGAAAAAUCUGGAAUGGCUAUUUAGAAUAGCAAAAUCUGAAAUAAAUUGUAAUUUUAAAGACAAAAACUGAAACGGAAACAAAAUUUAAUGGCAAAAUCUGGAACGCCAAAAUUCGGAACGACUCUUUUCUCAUGAAACAUUUUUGAAUUUUUAUUAAAGGUUGUUCCAAAUUUUGUCGUACUAUUUUUUGUGAUUCUUGUUUUUGGCAUUCCAGAUUUUACCUCCCAACUGUCCCUAUUUAAAAUUGAGAGCCAGCAUUCCUAGACACAUGGGAAAUUUUCAAUAGUAUGAACAUUUUUUUCUUUAUUUCGACACUGGUUAUAAGUUUUUCAGCUUUUGCAUUAGUUCUUUUUCAACGAAAUAUAUGGAUCUCCCUUGUGAUUUCGUCUGCAAACAUUCCUACCUUGAACACUGUUAGGUAGUUUUUUGUUUAUAUUAAAGUUGGCACGAGAUAAUCAUAUUUUACCAUUAUUUUAACAGGCGUUCCUCGAUGAGUCUUCUCGGUUUAUGUUAUUCGAUCAUAUUUUUUUAUUCAAGGUUACCCACACUUAUCUGUGCCCUGCAAAACUCUCGCGGCUAAUAUUGUGUUACCGUAUGUUACAUCGUAGGUAAAGAAUUAUAUAUUGUUAAUGUUUUUUUUCUUUUGAUAAUUUAAAACUGUACAUCAUAUAGAUAUAGAUAUGUUGAUGCGAAGUUAUUAUCAUCUAUAUUAUUCAUCUCUUGCCAUUCACCUGCCCCAUCACGUUUUUUCGGACCGUCGUAUUCGGUGUUAUACGAACAUAAUGUACAUUGAUAUAAAAAAAUUGACAACUUGUUAUUUUGUAAUUCGAAAUUAUUAUUUACAAAUAUUUAAAUUUGAUCAUAAACCAAUUCACUAUAUUAUUAAAAAUAACUACACUACUGCUUAGCAAAAAAGUCGUAUGUUUGUAAGACGGAGACAACAAAUGCAUAUGCAGCGUUUUCUUUAUUAAGUUUAAAAAAUGAGUGCCUACAAAACUAGUCUCUAAUCAUAAAUAUGGAUUAUUUUGGCAUAUUAUAUUACCUAUGUAAGUAUAUGUAAGUAUGUAAGUACCUAUUAAAUAAAAUUAUGCAGUAUACGUGUGUACCUAUACUUAUUUAAUAUACCAACCUAUAAUUAUCUGUACCUAUAAAAUUUAAUAGACGCGUUUUUAUGUUUAACUAACUACUGUCUGACUAAUAUACAGUUUGUCAAUUUUUUCGUACCAAAAUAGUAGCUAAAUACUAACACAUAGAUAUUUAAAAUAAAAUGCUGUAUAGAAUAUUAGAAUCCUACUAAUAAUGGUUUUAUAUUUAUAUUUUAGAUUCUGAGUAGAGUGAAGAAACCUAUGGUUUUACAGUUUUUUUUUUUUAUAUCUGUGAGCAACUUUUAUACCAGUAAUUUCACUCUGAUUUACAACGGUACCACUUUUUCUGAAAGAAAAUUUGACUGGGGAGGUACUUAAGGGAGGUCGUUUUUUUGAUUUUCUCAGAAAUUUUCUUAAUAUAUUAGAAAAACGGGAGAACAGGAAAAUAGUUACAAUAUUAAACAUGUAUUAUUAAAGUCAAUAAUUAAUGCAAAUGUAAUUAUACCAUAUUAUAACAUAUAUAUUGUUAAUAAAGCAACAUUAUUGACUGAACUUCGCUCAGAAUCGUUUAUUCGUUUGCAAUGGUUUAUCGUUGCUUACAGAUAUACGUUAAAUUUCUCCCAACUUCCCACGUACAACAGUGGCUGCACCCACGUGCGAAGUAUAUCUGUUUUACAUAAAUUUAAAGUUUACUGUUUAAAAUAACGAUUUCAUAGAAUAACUGUUUAUUUUUUGAUUAUGCUAAUUAUACUAUAGUCAUUUUAAAAUAAUUUUUUACUAUUUAAACAAUUUUGUUUUGAAUUCUAUAAUCUUAAAUUUCAUCUUGUGAUUAUACGCAGUUAUAAGAAUUUUUCCUUCCAUGUAAAACAUUUUCUUUUAUAAAAAAUAAUUUUUUUUUUUUAUUUUAGCUAUGGCCUUCUAGGCCCAAGUGGUUGUGGUAAAUCAACACUUAUUAAAUGUAUUUUGGGAUCAAUACCAUUGGAUUUUGGAUGUAUCGAUUUGAAAGUAGACAGUCUAAAAAAAGUUGGAUAUAUGCCUCAAGUAAUUUUAAUUUUACAUAAAAUAAAUAAAUAAAUAAAAUUUAUUGAUUUUAUUGAUUGUAUUUAAAAAAAAAAAUAAUAAAAAAUACAGGAUACAUGUUUGGAAACCACGUUGACGAUAAAAGAAACUUUUAAAUACUACGGGUCACUUUAUAGCAUGAAUAAUACAGAUAUCGAGAACAGAAUAGACGAACUCAACAAAUUCCUAAUUCUACCAAACUUAAACACUUACAUAAAUAAAAUAAGGUAAACUAAAUUAUAAUUUGUGUAUAAUAAUUUAUCAUUAACAAAAUUCAUAAUUAUAUUGUACAUAUUAAAAAAUGAAGUGUGUUCAUCUCUGCAUAAAUACGUUUAAAUAGCAUAUAGUGUAAAAUUAUUAUUUAUAAAAAAUUGUUCAAAUAAUAUAAUAUACGGAUAAAAAAAUCAAAAUUAGGCAAUUUGACUUAUGAACAAUACUCAUUCAAGUUAACAUGAAUAAGCAAAUAUUAAAUUUGUUUAGAUCAACAAUAGUACAAGAAAAUCGAAAUUUGAUACAGAUAAUAUGAGAGGGUAUGCGUUUAAUACUGUUUAUUAGAAAAAUUAUAAUAAACUGGCAAUUUUCAAUAUUUUAGAUGGUGUAGCCGAUAUAGGUAUACAAUACAAUUUAAAUACCCUAUCGAAAAUUCAUAAUCUUAGAAUUAUUUUUUGUUUUUAUCUAACACAAAACAAUUUAAAUUUAUUUUAUAAAACAAAAGGAGUAAUAAAUUGCAUUAUUUUUCUCGUUUUUCCCGAAAACUAUUGAAGAAUAUUUAAAAGUAAAAUACGCGCGGAAAUUUACAAUAUUACAUUGUGUGUGUUACUUUAGUGUUUCAAACUGAAUAAAACCUCUGUACCAAAAAUUGCAUUAAUUUGUUUAGUAUCCAAAAUUGAAUGUAAGUACGUAGGUACAUAAUUAUAUUGUAUUAUUAUAAAAUAUUAUGCGUUUUAUUGAUGUAACCCAUUUAAUAAAUAAUUAAAGUUCAAUUUUUACUUUGAUAACAGUGGUGGCCAAUGUAGAAGAGUGUCUCUUGCAAUUACCUUAUUGCAUGAUCCAAAAAUUAUUAUAUUCGACGAACCGACAGUUGGAAUAGAUCCGGUGCUAAGAAAAAUGUAAAUAUAAUUUUGGUUGAAUUAAUUUAAUUUUUGUAUGACUGCAUUUUAAUAACGCUAGUAUUAUACAAUUAUUUAGAAUUUGGACUGAGUUUACAAAGAUGGUCGAAGAACAAAAUAAAACAAUUAUCAUAACUACUCAUUAUAUUGAAGAAGCGAUUGAAGCUAACCAUGUAAGUUUUAAUAUACAUAUAUAAACAUAUAUAUUAUGUACUCGAGUAAAUAUUAAAAGGUACUUGAAUAAUAGUAUAGUACCCGCUUAGUAUAGAAAUAUAAAAUAUUGUAUAGUUUAUACGAAUACUGUGCACUUGACGAGACAUUAUUUGAAAUCUCUAUAAAAUAGACCGUCAAAACUUCAAAGUUAUAAAUCCAUUUAAACGAGUGUUGUACUUAUAGACGAGUGAUCUGCAAAAAUUUCUAUUACCUACAGCAAAUAUAUUUACAUUUAAUUGAGUAUUCGCAUAAUAGCGUAUAAUAAAUUAUUUUAUAUAAAACGUUGAACUGCAUAAUAUUUUGAUUAAAUAAUUAAAUUUAUUGUAAAAAUUAAAUAACUUAACUUAAAUAUUGGUAUAAAAGAAACACUCAGGGGGAAAUGUUUUUUUUUAAAAUAAAUAAUUAGGUAUUCAGUUAAGCAGAACAGAAAAAUAAUUGAAUAAAUAAAUAAAAUAUUAUUAUCAGUUUAGAUACGGAGUGUAGCGAAAGAUCUAUUGGUUUUACAAUGGUGUGUGUUUAUUUUUGUCAGUAAAUAACCAGAGAACUAAUCCAAUCCAAUCGAAAAAUAACAAGGGAAAUUUUUUAUUGAAUUUAGGAUCUAGUUGAUACAAAAAUGAGGUUUUUUGAUUUUCCGAAAUGUUAACUUCUUAUUAAUUAAGAAAAACCAGAAAAAUACGUAAAAUGAAAACGGAGAAUUUAUGGCGUAAUGAUUUCAUAUUUUAAAUGUAUAAAAUUUAUGUUUUCUACUAGAGAUAUUGUUCCAAUAGAAAAACGAUUAGAGACCUUUUUUUUUGAAUUUUUAAUCUAGCUGGUGAGCAAUUAAAUCGUUUUUUGACUUUCUUUGCAGUUUUCUUAAUAAUUGAGUAAAACCGCAAAAAAAAAAAUCGUAAAAAGAAAAGGAAAGAUUAUGGAACUAAUGUUUCCUUAUUUUAAAUUCUGUUUUUUUGUUCAAAUAAAAUUGUUGAGUUAUUUAUAAAUAUGUUUGACAAUUGAUAAAAAAGAAAAAUAAUUUUUUGUAUAACAGUCAUAAGAUCAAAUUCGGAUGAAAAUCGUAAUAUUACGGCAAUUUAUAUUAUGUAUAAACAAGCUUCGCUCAGAAUCGUAUUUUAUUAGCAAUGGUUUAUCAUUGCUUACAGAUACUAUUUAAUUAACAUUAUUUAUUCUAUCUAUUCAACUUCCCACCAAUAACAGUAGCGCACCAUCAGUUCCAGCUUUUUUUGUUAAAUAUAUUUUUUUUUUUUCAUAAUUCGUUUACUAGUUUUAAAAUUAUUUUACCGUUUACUUGUGUCAGUAUUCAAUAUCUAUGUAGUUUAACUUGUUUCAUAAAGUUAAAUUCAUGAAAUAUUCUUCAUUUUAUUGAAAAAAAAAAAAAAAAAACCAUUAAUGAAGAUAAUAUUAUUGUAUAUUAACAAUCCAUAGGGAAGUAUAUUUUAUAAGCUCUAUAACAUACAUUGUCGCAACCGGUGGAAGGGAGUAUUUUUAGGGUCUGUAUAUCCUUUUUUAUCCGUAUUAUUAUUAUUAGAGAUAUUAAAGUGUGUUAAAAACGUAUAUUUUUUAAAUGUAAACACUCCCCCCACUCUUUACAAAAUCCUGGUUGGGCCACUGACGACUUGCAAUUGUAUAAGUAGGUACUUAUAUACCAUUACGUUAUCCAAGUAUUUAAGGUCAUAUUUAAGUUAUUUGUACUAGAAAAAUUGAAAAUACCAAAUCUAUAAUUAUUAUUUUUAUUUUGAAUCAAAUAGAUUUAUAAACUAGUAUAAUUAUUAAUCAAACAUAUUUUAAAAUAAAUUUUGUUUAUAAUAAUUUAUUUUUAGUCAAGCACAUGGGUUGGACUACCUGGUAGGUAAAUUAUAAUAAAUUACUAACAAAAUCAUUACCAAUGUUAAAACUGUUCACGAUGAACGCACACAUAGAAAAAAUUAAAAAUAAAUACAAAAUAAAUAAAUCGCUUAUUCAAAACCAGUGAAUUUAAUACCUAAAUUAACUAACCACACCCGUACAUGUACACAAGUAUAAGUCGGAAUAAUUUGAAUUAUUUUUCUGAAAAUGAUUACUGAUUAGUAUCACUGAUUAUUUAUUGAUAUUUUAUUAAGAUGCGAAUCACAUUAUACCAACAAUAUUUAUAUUUAGAUUAGAAAUUUGAUCACAAACGAAAAUAUUAUUGCCUAAAGAGUUUCUCAUGACCAUAUAUUAAACCUGUGUUCUCACCAAAAGCAACUGAUGACGGUAACGCGAUAGAGAUUCAAGUCUAGUUUUAGUUGAGUUGCCUAGUUGUUCUCUUAUACGAAACUAAUAUGAAACUUCAAUGCAACUUCAAUGCAUAUUCAGUUAUCAAAAUGUCUUCAUCCGAUGAGGAUAUUGUUGUAGCAUUUAUGUAUUUGAGGUAUAAAAAACAAAAAAAAAUAAAAAAUUGGGUUCAUCCAUACUAUUCACUCAACGUCAACCACAGUUCAUUUAUACUAACGAGAGAAUUAGACCAAGAUCCAGCUAAAUUUCAUGAUUUUUAUAGAAUGAGUAUUGAAAGUUUUAAAAUGUCAUUCCAUGCUUUUCUUUUAUAUCUUGUCGAGUGUAAUUAGAUGAUGUUAUAUCAUAGAGACAUGGAUGACUUUCUAUAAGUUGUACGAAAGCUAUAUUUUCUGCUUGUUCAUUUGCCAUUUUAAAUAAAUUAUUAACAAAAUAUUAAAUUGAUUGUACCUUAUUAUAAACCAGAGUAAUAAUCAAAUAAUUGAAAUAUUCACAAAAUCGCAACUAUUCACACUAGCAACUAGACAGAGAGACUGACACUUCGAGUCGCUCAAAAAUAGUUUUCAAACAGUUGAGUUGUUUUCCAGUCCGGUUGCGACCUGUGAGAACACGUCAAUUUAAUAAUACAUGUCGCGUUGCGUCGCGAUUGCGUUGCCGUCAUCAGUUGCUUUUGGUGAGAACACGGCCUAACAGUUAUAAUGGGUUGUCCUAUCGCAUUUCCACAACAAUAAAAUUGUAAUUGAAAUUUGUGAUUUUCGUCAAAAUUUGAUUUUAAAGCUCCUAUAAAAAAAAAAAAUUAACUACACUGAAUUUUUUUUUUACCAAUAAAUAUGAUAUUUAAUGAACUUCCUGUCAAAUCUUCAAGCUUUUCUCUUUAACCUAACAAUUUCAUUCACAGAGUACCUAUUGAAAAAUCACGUACAAAAUUCGCAAAAUUAAAAUGUCUAUAAGUAGCUCAAAAAUGGCUCAAAUUUUACCACGUCUAAAAAAAAGCAAAUACAAUGUAUCCGUCCAAAUUUAAAGUCUCUACAAAUAUUUUUAACUAAAUUAUAUUAAAAAAACAAAAUUUAAUAUAAUAACAUAAUUUUCAUAAAUUUUACUAUAUUUUCUAUGUAUCAAAAAACGACUUUCUUCGUAACUAACUAGAUUAAAAAUUAAAAUAAAGUGUAAUAAUUUGUUAAAUACUGAAGAAUUGGUCUUUGAAAAAAAAAUAUGUAUUUUAUUGUAUACUGUUUGGCUAGUCAUGACUUACAUUUGAUGUACAAAUUAAUCAAGUACCAAAUUUAUAAAUUAAACAUUUAUUGCUACUUACUUAUUUUUUGUUUUCAUUUUUUUUUAUAAUAUAUUAUAGGUUGGUUUAAUGAGAGACGGAAUAAUAAUAGACGGAGGGUCACCAAGAGACAUUUUCAUCAGACAUGGUACAAAUACGUUGGAAGAGGCUUUUUUAAAAUUGUGCUGUGAACAAAAAACGAAUACAGUACGCACCUAUGUUUAAUACUUUGAUAGUUUAAUGUAUAUGAAUAUUUUACAUUUUUAUAAUGUAUUUUUACUGAUCUAUCAAUCUUUGUUUCUUCAUGCACUAAUAUCUUUACUUUUCACAUAUUCAAUGGAGCUCACAAGGGUUAAGGAAGCGGAAGAAUUUAUCAUAGAUAAUUGCCAUUUUGCUUUUGAUUAGUUAUUAAAUCAAAUCAUUUAAACUACGAAUUAUUGGUUCAUUAAUUAUAAAUGUAAACAAUACGAAAACAGAAGCUUUUGAUGUCUAAUAGAAAUUUUGCCAAUUUUGGUUCUUCCCCUUCCCUUGCAUUUUUACCUGUGAGCACUUUUGGCUACAUUAUCCAUGCGACGUUUUCUUUUUUCGUUUAGACUGAUCGCAGUAAACUUCACGUAAAUGAUAAAACCAAAUCAAAUAUAUUAUUAACCCACCAAUUAGAAAAUAAAAUCAAUUUGCACAGAAUUAAAGCUCUAUUAGAAAAAGAUUACCUCGUGUGUUCUCGAGAUUACUUGUAAGUAAAAUUAAUGAGAAUAAAGUAUUUUGAUUCUUACUCUUUCAACAUUAUCACUAUUUAGCUAUAAAUUUUAUAUUUUUAUAGGCUUAUAUUUACAAUGAUCGUAUUACCCAUAUUACUAUGUUUCAUUUUUUGUUCCUCUGUCGGAGUAAAAUUCAAAGACAUGAACAUAGCUAUUAAAAACGACGAGGUAAAUAAUAUUUUAGAUUGUAAACAUUUUAUUUUCGAUGGAUGUAUUUUUGAUGAAAAUAAUAAUAACAUAACAAUGAGCUGUGUUGUAAUGAACUACCUCGAAUCACAUGAUUACAAAUUAGUAAGUACUCAAUAAUUUGGUUUUAGAGCGUUCUUUCUGUAAGCGUUAACACAUAAAGAACGUUCUCUAAUAUAAAAUAAGAGACUUCCGAAAAAUAGGUAUUUUUAAAUGCAAAAAUUAAAUGUACAGGUCGAAGUAAAAUAUCGUGAAGAUGGCGAAGCAAAAAUGAACAGUCCAAAAUUUAUGGGAUUUCUAAAUUUUCCGAAAAAUUACACUAAAGAUUUAAUCGAAUACAUUAACAAUCGCGAAAAUUAUGAUAACGCUUCUAGGAGUUUUGCUCAUUUGACUAAGGAAAGUAAGUUUACUACAAUAAUAAAUGGGUCAUUAAAUAAUAUUUGCAAUGUUGCAUUAUGUUUUAUUAUUUUUAAUACUUACAUAAUAUUAUCGUUUACGUGCAUCGUUCUAGAUAUGUUAUUUGUAAAUCAAAUCGAGACCGACGUUAUAGACGCAGUAAACGAUUUAUUAAAGAACAUUGCAAAUAGUUGCUCCUAUAAUGUAAAACAAACCAGUAUGACGGCUUUGGUAAGAUAAAUAAAAGUAUAUCAAAUUAAUCGAAUUUUAUCUUUAGUAUUUUCGUUAAAUACUCGUAUAAUAAUAAAUUAUAUUAUAUUUUGUUUGAAGGUAGUUGGCACUGAUAUAUAAUUUCCUCUUCGUAAAUUAAUACAAUUUUAUAUAAAUUUCUUUUACGUUAUAUUGAUUAUUUAUCAUUAUUAACUAUUAAUCAAUGGUGGUAUAAUGAUAAAAAGUUACCAGUUUUACAACUUAUCUUUUGAACAUAAUAAUAUAUACUUUGAGGUUACGAUGGUUGUUUUUUUUUUUGCAGGAAUUCUUUACUGUAUAUGGACACAAUAUAAAGUCAUAUGUCAAUAGUACCAUAACUAUUUAUAUUGCAAUGUAAUGAUUAUUGUUUUUAAAUAUUUUCUAUUAAAAAGAAAUUAAUUUUAUUUUUGUAAAUAUUAAAUGACGUAAAUUAUUAAUUAUUAAAAAUGUAUUGAUUUUUUUUUUUUAGUUUGAUAAAUUAUUGUCCUAGUUUGUUUGGAGUAAGCAUCAUGUUGUCAGCUAAAUUGGACGGAGUUUUGGGUCGAUCAAUGUUUGCAGGUAUUAGGACUAUCUAAAAUUAUGAACCAAUAUUAUUAUAGUAUUUUGCUUUGAACGUACUAAUUUAUGCUAAUAUUUAAUUUAUUUCAGGUGUAAAAAUAUUCGAAUUUAUUAUCUCUUUGUUUUGUAUUAUCACGGCGUUGAUCCUGGUCCAAAUGUUCACCACUUGUUUUAUUGCUUACGUAAUACUAAACAAUCCGAUUCAAAUAACCAGCGGGCUAUUUGCGUUUUCGAUAUUAUUAUUAAUUUUGGGUUGGUUAGGUUUCUUCUUCGGUAUGUAUUUAGUAAUUGAUUAUUUGAUUGAAUACACGUUCAUAACACAGGGGUGUCAUUUCAGUUCCUAUUUAUUUUGUGAAACUGACAAAUUAUCCGUUCGCAUUCCUACGUUACAUUUCCAUAAUCAAAUACCUACUAUAUUUUUUGAUAUCACAAUGUCAUUGAUACUAAACUAAGAUCAUAUAAUUUAGUUUAUUCCACAAUAACUCAUAAUACCACAAUUUAUUCCGUGUGUCAAUGCAUCAGUUUCGAUGCGCACUGUUGCCGAGAUACCUAAAUAUUAAGCCACGGUAUAAACAAUUAACCGACAAUUAACAUCUCAGACUCUAGUAGAUGCCAUUGACAGUGGCUCGAUAAGUACUUUUUUUUGCAUUUUGCAUUUUAUUAACGAGGCGCGACGGCGCAAUUAUAACAUUUUAUGCAUGAUAUUUGAUUUUUAUGCAGAUAUGCAAAGAUAUGUAUAAACAAAUAAGGCUGCCAAAGUAUAGUCCGAAUAACUCAAAUGACGCCCCCGUUAUAACAAUAACAUCAGUUGGAUGCAUAAUAAUUUUACGUUUUUAUAUACUAAAAUACAUGUAUACUAUAUGAUGAAAUAAUCGUUUUGGAUACAAAUUAAUUAUAUUGAAGCUAUUUAUUUUCAUUACAAUUCAAUUAGCAACAUAAUUUUUUGUUUUUGUUUAAAAUAUUUAAAUUUGAAACACUAAGUAAAAAUUGUUGAAAUGUAUGAUGACAAAAUGAGAAAUUUGUAUUUUAUCGUAUACAUUUUAAGUCUAAAUGUGGACAAAAUAACACAUUUUUUCAAAUAAAUAUCAUUUUUUAAAUUUAAAUAAUUUUAUUUAUAAACUACAAAGUACUGAAAUAAAUAAAUGGUCAACUUAACAUAUUCUUUCAAAAAUUAUUUUCCGAACAAAAUAACUUUCUUUUCUCAAAAAUGUCAAUUUCUUCUAUACUUUCCUACCAUGAUUAUGAAUUAUUUCAAGAACUGACGUUUAAAUUUUUUUUUAUUUUCUUUAUCAAACAUUAAUCAUUAUAUUUAUAUUAAAUUUCUUUGAUGCUUUGAUUUUAGGUGUACUCAGUGCUAUAUUUUCGACAUCAUUCGUUGGAGGAUGUAAUAUUAUAACUGGAUCAUUUUUUACUCAAGUCUUAUUGUCAGGUAAUACACGCGUAUUUCUGUUAUAGUAUAGGUGUACAAUUUAUUAAUUUCAAGUUUUUUUUAAUAAAACCUGUCGAUGUUUAUUUUGGCUUAUCUAUAAUGACUAGCUGUCAGAUCAUUUUAAAAAAAUUCGAACAAUUGUGUAUAAUUUUGUAAUUUUAAUUUUACUUAGGUAUGUUAUGGCCUUUCGAGGGACAACCGAAGUUAUUAAGAAUUGGAUCCGAAUUACUUCCUGUGCGUCUUAUAAGCAAAACGUUAAACGACAUAGUACUGAAAGGUUUUGCAUGGAAUCAUUCAUCGAUAAUAAAAGGAACUUCCUCGGCAAUUGUAUAUUGCAUGGUAAUCGUGCUUGUUCUAAUUGUUUUGGGCAAAUAUAAAAGGCACUGGUGGAUAGUACAGAAGUAAAAAUAUAUUUUCCUAUAAUAAUUUAAAUUUACACAAAAUGUAUUUUGUUUGAUAAUACAUUAUAUUUAAGUAUAAUGGAAGAGGGCAGGAGAAAUUUUAUUUUUCGAUGA